UCCAUCUCUGGAUUGUAACUCUGCCCUGCUCUGCUCACAUAUGGACUAAAACUUUACCAAUCAAUUACUCUGAGCCUUAAGAAAUCAAACACUUGUCUCUUAUUUGACCUGAAACUCAACAAGCCUUUAAUGUGCUCAAAUGUAUCUUAAUGAAGAAUGUAACUUUCACCUGCUGGAUCCAUGAUGACCCUUCACACCUCUGCUCACAUUCUCCACCAAAGCCAGGUGAAGAGUGUGUGUGUUCUUGUGCUACUGUAUAUUCCUUUGUCUAUGAUGGAAAUCCCUGGACCAUGCAGGCACUCCAUAACCAAAGACCACCAGGUCCAGAUGAAUUAUCUAAUCAAUAAUCAAUUGAGGAAUGGCUGCUCAAUAUCCUACAUAUUCAUCGAGAAGAGACAUCUGAGCUCAGAGUGUUAUGUAAAGGCGGCUCUGCCACGUGUGCUGGACUUGUUAAGUGUCCACUUCAGAUACGCCUCAGGCUCGGAGAACGAUCUGUCAGUCCGCUCUCUGCAGAACCAGAUCCACAACAUCUACUCGCAGCGCUGUGUGCCACCUCUUAACGAAGAACUCGAGGAGGACCCGGUGGUGUUUCUGAAGCAGUUUACAGACUUCCCUGUUCAAGCCUUACAGAGAGCCAAGGAGGUACUGGAUAUUUACCUACAGCUCAUCACACAAACACACACAUCUGUGGACUGGAGCUGCUCAAUGGAAUACAGCAACUACACAACUGCGGUCAUUACUGAGCCGCCCACUACACACAGCACAGAGGCCAAACUUUUGAUGCUGGGACACAAUGAGCAAGAAUCAGCUAAUUCAAGCUUCUAUAAACUGGGCUUCAUCGUGUUAGCAGUGAGCGGCGGAAUAUUCCUGUUAAUCACCGUCUCUUGCUUUGUACACAAAAAGAGAUUUCAUCAACUUCAAAGACAAGCCAUGGAUUUAGACACAUGGUCUAGGUCAGAUGUCAGUCACAUAGGCUUCUGCUCAACAUCCUUUAAUCGACUGGAUUUGAUAAUCUGACUACAACCUACACAUCUCACACCUUGUGAAUUACUGCCAUGUCUUUAACAAUGUGUUUCUUUUGCAUAAUCAUCAAUCACUGUACACAUGUAAAUAUUCACAGUAACUUACACAUGUAUUUAUGAACAUUACAUUCAAUCUUACAUUAUAAUGUAGAAAUGUUUGUACUCAAUUCUUAUACAUAUGCAUGCUGUACUUGUUUCUAAAGAACCUCCAUAUUUAUUACUACAACCGUGCCGCAACAUUUUUCAUAAAGGCUUGAUCUGACACUCCCAGGAAAAAGAUUUGUAAAAAAUAAACCUGCUUUCACAAAGA